AUCGUGUGAACGCUUGCCGGCAGAAAGGUUCCACGAGGCUUAGAAAAAGCCGGCAAAUUAUUCAAAUCUAAGACGAAAUUUCCGUCUUCUUUUCUCAGAAUGAAGGAGAUAAAAUACUACAGUCUAGAAGAGGUGAAAAAACAUAACAGUAAGGGCGAUUACUGGGUUGUCAUCGAUGGUGGAGUUUACGAUUUGGGUCGUUGGGCUCCGCAUCACCCCGGCGGAGAGCUUCCGAUACGCUAUAUGGCCGGUCACGAUAGUACAGACGUUUUCCGAGCCUUCCACUUGCCUUGGGUAGCUGAAAAGAAAUUGCCCGCGUUCAAAAUCGGUGAAGUGAAAGACCAAUGUGAACAGACAGUGAAGGAGUCCAGUCUGAUCAAAGACUUUCAAAAAGUACGGGAUGAAAUUGAGCAAUGUCUUGACACAAACUGUAAGUUGAUCUUUUGUCACAGCGUAGCUGUAGAGUAGAGUAGUUUGUGUUUCUUGUGACUGUAGUUGACCUUACCUGGUCGAUAUUGUUUAAAUAUUCAGGAUUUUACACUUUGAACGUAUGAAAAUACAUGCUCAGGACCGUCUCGAUGCAUGGAAAAUCCUCUGAUUCAAAUUUAUUUGUAUUAAAAUCUAAAACCCCGCUUCUCUGAUUCAGUGAAACCUCGUUGUUGAAAUUGAGUAAUUUUAUAGUCUCAAAAGCAAUUCACGUUGGAGUCUCUAAUGUUUUUAAUAAUUUUUCUAUUGCAUUUACUUGUGGCGUGCUUGGUUUGCUUCAGUUUAUUUACAAAUUCAUUAGAAUGGCUUCCUUAGCUUGGCAGCGUGACUUAAGGUUAUGCCAUCAUGAAACCCAUUUGUAGGCGAAUUUGAGUCUUUUCGGGGAGUGGUUUUGCUUUCAUUUACUGUUUGACUCAUCAGUACACUUAAUCAUGGGAGCAAUGCUCGAGCUUGAUAACAAUUUUAGUAUUUACCCUCGUCGGAUCUAAAGACUCGUGACGAAGUAUGGCCCUGAAAUGAAAAAAAAAUUGCGAACAGCAGAAUCUCUAUUUCCAUCUUCCUUGUGUACUAUCAGCGAUUUCAUGUCUCGAAAGACCCUUAUUUGGAAACAAAAAUCGAUAACGGGAGCGGUUAUAGGCAAUUUCUUCUCGAGACGUUAAUCCUUAACCACAAAUUUCUCAACCAGCGCCAAAUGUGUAUUAUCAUAUAUCACAGUGUACCUACAACUUUUUUUAAUGAUCGUGCAGAAAACAUGUAAGAGGAUUCUCAAAUCAUGCAUGUACGAUAAACAGAAUCUUGCUUUUUAGCUCAUACUUCCUCGAUUCCGUGGAAAUUGUACUAGUUCUUACAAUUGUCAUGCACGAGGCACCACAUUGUUCCUAAUUUGAAUACAGUCGGAAAGUGAAAUUUGUGCUAUAUGCAUAACAAAGGGUUGCUCGUCAAUUUCGCUUCCGUUUUGUCAUGUCUCCGGAGUCAUAAUUGGUUUGAAAGACGUUUUCUUUUACGGAAUAUCUCUUUAAUAUCACAGUGGGUAUUUGUAAAUGAAAUAUAAAAGGAUCGUGUGAAACAAGAAGAUAUAUAUUUCCACAUUGUUCUAGUUUCAAAAUAUUUUUUUCCCUUGAAACUGAAAUGUUUCAUUUGUUUCCUGAAUUUUUUUGAGAUAUUUAACACCAGCUUGACCUGACAAGAUGUUGUAAAAGGUGUAAUGUUAUUGUUGUCAGAAGUACUGUCACUUACCCUUGAGAAAUGAAAAAAAAAAUGUUCAAAGUCAUGGAAUAUUUAAAAUUUUGACAAAGAAAUUAUAAGGAAGGCAAAAUGAAAAAUUUCUUGUAAUUUAUUCAUGGAGAUAUGAUUAAGAUGAUUGUGAGCUGACAGGAAAAAUUGGUGUGCAAAUUAUUUGAUGAACACUUGAAGCGUAACCCAGUUGUCAAUGUGGUCACAGAUGUCAUGGGCAACUCGGACAACUUGUUAAGAUGAAACUGAAAACCCAAAUUCUUUGUAGGCCAUAUUGUGUACUUUUUAGCUGUGAGUAAUGUUAUGAAGCCAAACAAGACUUAUCAGUGAAAUGAAUAAUUGUGUUUUCAAUCAAUCUGCAUACUUAAUCAAUAAUAUCCAAGAAUGAAAGGAGGGAGGAGUAACGAUGUAAAUAUCUGGUAUAGGUAAACGCGUCCUCUUAAAAAACCUGAAUAACUAUUAGGUUUAUGUUCAGGACACCUGAUGGUUGUUCCCAAUAGGUAAUGAUCUACAGUGAUUUUGGUUUUAAUUAAACAGCAAGCCCGUAUUUUUAUUUCUCAGCUUUUGUGGAACUCUCUUACGCUGAUGUUGUGGUCAAUUGACUCAAAAAUUCAUUAAUAUCACCCUUAAAUAUAUUGUGCAUCGUGUGGGGUAUUUCUUGGUGGUAUUUUAGUUCCCUUUAGUUCAAUUAAUUUAAGAAAUGAGUUCUGAAAUACUAUGUACUCUUAGUGCAUUCCCUAAACCUUGAUCUUCAGCCAAAUUUCGAAUUACCAGUAUAGUAUAGAAGUUGAGGUACACAUUUUCAGAGAUGAUAUGUAACAGUGAGGGGUCAGCUUGCUAGAUUCCUAAAUAAUUGAACACUUCAAGCAAAAAAGGAGAUAUGAAGAACUUUGGACAAAUUUUAAUUUUAACAGGACUGAGCAAAUUCUCAGCAUACUGAUAUGGUUUGAUUAAGAAAAUAUUUUUCUGCCAUUUUUUGUUGAUUCAGUCCUAGUUUCUGGGAAAUAUGAUGUGUAGAAAACAUUGCUUAACGAGCAUGUGGGAAUCCGUUUUGCUUGGGGUUUUGAAUACAUUAAUACUUGGAAACUAAGGAUGGAUGAGCCCGAAAAACAAAAAAAAAAAAAAUGGAGUGAUGUUUCCCAUCUUAUGUGGGAUCAGAUUGGCAGAAAUUAGCACAAUCUUGUGAAAACAAGAAAUAGGCACCCUAAAAGCAAGAUGAUUUUUUUUUUUUUUUUUUUUAAUAGAGGACCUUCCCACAAAACAUCUCUCUUUUUGGUCAUCAAAAUUCUGGUUUAUAUUGGGAUAAGAGAAUCAAACCACUGCUUGUAACCAAUGGGAGUAACUAUUUACUAACUCUGCUAUAUUUAGUUAGUUGUCAUCACUUGACAGUGUUGGUUAUUUUGUCUUUUUACUUUAGAUUGGUUCUAUGCUGGGCAUGCAGUCAACUUGAGUGCUAUAUUUACUUUGCUUGUGUACGGUGUUGUCUUCAGCAACAAUGUUUACAUACAAAUGGCCUCUUCUGUGCUUGUGGCGCUGUUUUGGCACCAAAUGGCAUUUAUUGGACAUGACAUUGGUCAUACUGCCAUCACUCAUGACUUGAAGACGGAUAGCUCGAUCGGCAUAUUUGUUGGCAACAUGACAACUGGUAUCAGCAUCGGAUGGUGGAAGAAAAGCCAUAAUGCUCAUCACAUUGUGACAAACUCAGUGGAGUUUGACCCAGACAUACAACAUCUUCCAGUGCUAGCCAUUACUGACAAGUUUUUCAAGUCAGUAAGGUCCAUGUAUCAUGAGAAAGUCCUUUAUUUUGAUGGACUGGCAAGGUUCUUUGUUUCCUAUCAGCACUGGCUGUAUUACAUAAUAAUGGGUGUUGCAAGGUACAACUUGUACCUACAGAGCUUUCUUUUAGUGUUUUCCUUACCGAAAGGACGUAAUAAAACCCUUGAAUUACUUGGAUUGGUAUUCUUUUGGACAUGGUACAUUUACUUGUGCUCAUAUCUGCCCAGUUGGCCUGCUCUGUUUGUCUUUGUUUCUGUGGCCCACUUCCUUGCAGGGCUCCUUCAUAUUCAGAUAACUCUGAGCCACUUCUCUAUGGAAACUUAUCAUGGUCAUCCCCUGGACGCUUUCAAGAGCAAUCAGUUCCUUCUUUCCCAGCUGGCAACUACUAUGGACAUUGAAUGUUAUCCAUGGCUGGAUUUUGUCCAUGGUGGCCUGCAGUUUCAAAUUGAGCAUCAUCUAUUUCCAAGGCUACCUCGUCACAAGCUGCGUGAUGCCAAGGCGAAAAUUCAGGAGUUAUGUAAAAAGCAUAACAUCCCCUACAGAUCUAAGACUUUCUGGGAGGCAAAUAUAGAAAUCAUCCAGAAACUCAAGGAGACAGCUGCAAAAGCACAGUGUAUCUCUCCCAUCAUCUGGGAAGGAAUUCAUGCAAUUGGUUAGACCUUAAAUCCAUUAUAUGAGGUGUUAUUUGAUGAUAAAGAGAAUAGCUCGGUGGAAUAAAAUCCACUAUUGUAGUUGAAGGUAUUCAGUUUGCUUCUUGCUGUAUUUAAUUAUUUUGAUGAAAGGGUACAGCUAUGUAUGUUUUUUCUUAUCCUGUUUUUACAACAUUAUUGUUCAAGUUUCUAUGAAGUCAGUUGAAUCAGCCAGUCAGUUAUCUGAUAUCUAUGCCUAGUUUGAAAAAUUCCAAAGUGAAAUGUUAGACUGUGGACUGAGAAUUGGGGAAUUUAUUAAUACAGUAGUCAGUCCCUCUCAGUUGUCCUUGUGAAAUCUCUGCAGUGUUAAGAGGUGUCUUUUUUUCGGUGGGGGGAGGGGGGUGUCUAUUAUCUCAUUUCACAGAGGGAGGGACUGAAACGAAAUUGUAGCUUUUAGGGAUGAGGUCAAGUGUGUGGGGAUGGGUUACACCCAGAUUUAGGGAGUGGUAGAGAGUUAAAAGAUUGCCAACAUAAAUUGUAGAAGAUAGAAGGCAAUGUUAACUAUAUAAACAUGUGUAUCAGGGUUAGUGGGUUGGUGGGUUGGUUAGAUUUGUUUAUAAUGGAUGUGCAACUUACUAUUCAGCAAAUUUUGUUGCAAAGUCUCAAACUUUUAGAUUAACCCCUGGAGAGUAAGGUCUUAAGGCAAUGCAACACUUAGAACUACUGUCCACAGUAGUGCUAUUCCAGUUUCUUAUAUUUUUCUGUUCAAUAUUGUGAUAUUAAGUUAACAGGAUGGUUAAGGGGUUACUAUGAUUUUAGAGAUAAGACUAAAUCUACAAAAGAUACCUAGAUUGUUGUUUUGCAGAUCAUUUGUUCAUAAAUUGUGAUUCACAGAUACUGACCCCUUCCUGUUCUCUGUAAGACUUUUAUGAAGAGUUUAAGGUCUCAUUACAAGAUUGCAUUUGAAUCUAGAAUGUAAUUUUUAGAGAGUAAUUGAAUAGCUCUGAAAACCUGUUAUGAUAAAAGUUGUGAUUGGAAGCAAAUUCUUUUGGAGAUGAUCAUCAAGAAGUCAGUAACAAAAAAACAAAGAAACAAAAUUAGGGUUCUUGUCACCAGUUUUUAGGAGCUCAAAACUGUAAGUUAUGUGUCCAACAGAGUGCAGCUCAGUUAAUUCAUUUCAAUUGAGUUGCAUUACAUUGCAAAUGUUUGGACUUGAGUCAAGAAAACUGGAUUAAGUACAUGAAGAUGAGGCCCUCACCCUCUAUAAUCACAUCCUCUCCUUUUCCAAUCUCUUUCACUCUCAAGAUUCAAAUAGCUUUUAUCGCAGUGUCUGCUGUACAUUUGUUAUGAUUAUAGCCCAGUUUGAUACUUGAUCAAAUACAAUACAACCUUAAUUUUUUCUGUUUCUAUACAACACCUUUAAACCUUAAAAUACAUUCAUUUAGUUUGAGUCAAAAAAAGGGCAAGAAAAGCUACGAAGGUUUCUUUUGACAGUGU